CGAUUCCUUCUGCAUUCACCUCGGCUCUAAUUUUCAAGAAUGCCUAGCAAAAAGAAAAAGACCAAGGUCGUGCGCGACCCGAAUGCUUAUGCAACAGUCAGCAUGCCGUCAAGAGCGGCAACAAGAGCGGCAGCGAAGACUGAAGCUGCUACAGCAGCAACAGCGGGUGAUGCAGCUGGGAUCAUUGCAGAGAACCCGGCCCUGCCGCCCAUAGAGGCGAUGAUGGCAAACGACAGAGCCACUGAAACGGAGGGACAGGCGGAUCAAAGCGACAGCAAUUGCGAUAUUGCGGGCUGGGUCUCGCUGAGUCCUGGCGCAAACUCAGGCGGAGUCACGGUCAACAAGGAGCUACAGCUGAAGGACCGCAUGCCUGCAAAGGGGCCUGCUGUUGUUCUCAGCGAAAAGAGUGAGCAAAUGAUUAUCGACAAGAUCCGGUCUGGCGAGCUGGAGCUGCCAGUUCCCGAUGUCGAGCAGUUGGUUGGUGCCAAGGACUGGACCCGGUCGAUCAACUUUGUAUUCGAGACGCUGAUCAAAUAUGGCUUCGACGAGGACGAGUUCGGUGCUGGUGAUAUCCUCGAUAUGCUGUCAUGGCUGUGCUUCCAUGUACCGGCAGAUCGGCUGCCGGUGGACAUGAGAGACAAGCUGGAGUUUGAUCAACUUGAGAUCAACAAAGGGGUCGUUGAAACAGACAGCGGGAAUGAUGUUUCUGAGUCGAUGAGUGCUGUAGAUCCGUUACCGCAGCCUGUACCAGAACUUGAGCCUGAGCCUGAGCCUGAGCCUGAGCCUGAGCCUGAGCCUGAGCCUGAGGUAAAGUCAGCAGCACCCAUUGACAAUAUCGUUGGCGCGCAAGAUAGUGAGCCCGAGGCGAGUGGUGCGGAUGGCGACGACUUUUUGGCUCCGACGAAGACCCUGGAAUUGUACGCACGGCGCAGUGUACGUCGGGCAGCAAUGGAGGAGUGGGCCGAUUACCUGCGCACCAACAACCAGCGCAACCGCUAUGGCAGCUAUCUUGCAAAGCUAUCAGACAUGGUCAAUAAGGAGGCGAAAGCGCUGGCAGAGAUCCAGGACGAUUGGCUGUUCGAUGGAGCGCAGGCUGCAGCAGAAUACGACCGGAUCUGGCCCCAAUACCACAAUGCGUUGCUGGAUGAAAUAUGCGCGUUCAAGGACCAUGAGGUCGAGAGGGAGGCUGUCGACAUGGCCAGGAUGCAGGCAAAUGCUGCUGUUGAGGAGAAGAGGCUGGCAAAGAACGCAGAUGAUAGCGCACCGAUUGCCUCAGCCAGCUCAGUGCGAAUCGUCGAAACUGCUCCGCCUGCAGGCUGGGCUGGCGCUAGCAUGAGAGAUCUCGUUACUGAAUCUGUACAUCGAAUUGAUAGCCAGGCGGCGAUAAAGUACAGCAGUGGUUUGCGUGGGUCAGGCUAUGUUUCGAGUCUGACAGUAACGUGGUCCACACCAGGAAUCGCGUCAUCCCGGUCCGAUGCUAGUGCACUAAGAGCGAUUCCUCUUGAUCCACAGCCAUGCAUAGCAUUCCACGGCCAGUCACAGGUGUAUGAAAUGCCUGGCGGCACACUCUCCACAGCUUGCCCACCGUCUGCCGCCAUCUUUGCGGACGAGUGGGACACGUGGGACGCUCAUAUUCGCGAAGCUGAGCGUGCUAAGGCCGCUGCUCAGACGACGAGCAGGGUCGAUUUUCUUCGCCAACUGCGCAGCCAGUAUGUGGAGAUGGCAACAGCAAGCUUGGCUGCCGAUGCACCCGAAAAGAGCGGCGAGAAGAAGGUCAGCUGGUCGCAGCAAGAGCACUAUGCUAAGAAAGCCAUGCGGAUACGCGCAGCCAGAUGGACACGUAAUGUCAUCCCGGAGCGCCAGAGUACCGACAAGUGGAAGUCCAAUGUAAUCCGUGGAGCCACGGGCUGCGGCAAGACCACCCAGGUGCCGCAGAUUGCCCUGCGGCUGCUACUGUCGGCAAAGUACAAAGGUGGGCGUAUCUUGUGUACGCAGCCGCGCCGGAUAUCUGCUACAUCUAUCUCUCAGCGCGUCUCUCUGGAAGUUGGGGACGGGCAGCUUGGAACCAAAGAUUCGCUGGUCGGAUUCCAGGUGCGACUUAACGCGCGUGCAGUUGACGAGAACCCGCUUGUAUUCUGCACCACGGGCGUGCUGUUGCGCAUGCUGGUUGAGAAUCCAAAGCUAGCAGGUAUCAGCUGUGUGAUCUGUGACGAGGUGCAGGAACGCACUCUGGAGCUUGACUACCUGCUAAUCGUCUUGCGUCGGCUGUUGGCCAGGCGGCCUGAUCUAAAGGUCAUCUUGAUGAGUGCAACCAUCGACACCAGCAUCUUCACCUACUACUUUGACAGCUGCCCGGUGGUCGACAUCCCUGGCCGAACAUUCCCUGUCACCAACAUGUAUCUGGAGAACGUCAUCCAGAUGUCUGGAUAUGUGCUUGAUAGUCAGAGUUUCUUCGCUGAGAGGCCCAAAUAUGUGGACCAGAACAACCAGUCGUUUUCGUUCAACGUAACUACGCGCGGCGGAAACUUGGCGAGGCAUGAUGCGGAUGUGUCGUUCGAUGAGACUCGCGUAUCGUUUGCCAGUAGCAGCGACUAUAACCGAGAGCAAUCGCUGGAGGACCCCUCGUAUGUCUCGGUGGCAGCGUGGUCGACCAGCUAUGUGCGCCAAGCUGAUGUUUCUGAGGGCGCCAUCCUGGUAUUCCUGCCUGGAAUCUUCGAGAUCCGCAAGCUGCACGGAAUGCUAGGCAGCGACAGCUCCAUCAACCCAUAUCGCCAGCAUCGUUCCCCUUGCACUCUGCGCUGUCCAACGAGACCUGCCCUGGAACGACCAAGACGUAUACAGAUGUUGCGUUUGAAAUCUUCCCCGAGGGCAGGCGCAAAGGUAGUGCUCGCCACCAACAUCGCAGAAACCGGCAUCACCAUCCCGGAUGUCACUAUUGUGAUUGACUCGCGGUGUUGCCAACCAGGCAAUCUGGGACAAGAAGCGGCGGAUGACCAGAAUCGAGACUGCCACAGUCAGCAAGGCCAAAUGUCAAACAGCGGCAGCGGGCGUGCAGGCCGUGUGCAAAAGGGGCUGACGCUCUGCCUGUUCAGCAGGCAAGCAGCACGCGCUUAUGCCAGAGUAUGGAGGCCCCCCGAGAUGCAUCGUCUGCCACUGAUCGGGGAUUUCUAUGAUGGUGAAGAUGCACGGAUUCAACGAUAUCUCGGGUUCCUCGCUGAAGCCAUCGAUCCGCCACUGCAGUCGUCAGUAGCACAGGCUAUACACGAGCUCAAGGAAGCAGGCAUCUCUGCUUAUUUGCCCGUUGACCUGUCCAUUGGCAAGAUGCUAAUUGUUGGAACGAUGCUCAACUGUAUGGACCCCGUGCUCACCCUUGCUGCAGCUAUGUCGCUCGGCAAGCCCAUGCUCAUUCGCCCAUUCGACCCUGACGAGCGCGUCUCAGCCAGUGCUGCACAUCGCCAAAUACCGAAAGCGUCUGAUCUGCUGGUGCUGCUGUCUGCGUAUGAGGACUGGCGAAAGGCUGCGUCCGCUCCAGGCAGAACUCGUCGGCAGCUGCAUGACUUUUGCAAGAAGAACUGGAUCAACAGGGAUGCUAUGGAUGCGCUCGAAGACUACCGCGAGCAGUACCUCCGCAUGCUGCAUGAUCUCAACCUGGUCCGAAUCCACGCAGCGAGCACAACAAACACCUGCACUGGACACGGGUUUGAAAUUGCCCAAGUCGCUGUUGCCAGGAAGGUGCGUGGUGUUGGCCAUGCGAUUCAGAUCGAGGAACGCGGGCGCGUCUCUACACGGCCUGUCGUCAUCGACCGCUCCUCAGUCAAUGCCUCCCCCGACCACCCGCUAAUGUCCCGGAAUGCAAUCGUUGCCGCCAACCUAUCCGGAUCCGGCGAUGCAACAUUCGCCAACAUGUCGACAAGGGUUAACCUAGCUGGCGUCGCUCUGUUUGCCCGAUCGCUGGCCUACUGGCCCAAGGCGAAGCUGCUGCCAUCAACCGGUGGAUCGACGGCAAGUGCUUUGCAAAGACAGCUCUUGUUUGGUGCUGAUGCGCAACAUGCUGCAAGAGAUUAUGAAUUUCCGGGUCGCCAGUCCGCUGUUAAGUUGCCGGACCGUCUUGCUCGCUGGCAAACUGCCAUUGUCGAGACCAUACGCAAUGAGGACGCUUAG